GGCUUACUGGCGGAGAGGGAAAGAUGAGCGGGGGUCUCCGAGGACCACAGGCAGGUGGUGGAGCGGGUAGGGGGAGCUCCAUUUUGGAGGGGCUCUGUUGAAGGACUUGGAGAAGGAGCGGAAGACUUUGCAGGCCUGGAAGCAGCGAGUGGAACAGGAGCUGGACCGCGUGCUGGCCUUCUGGACCAAGCACUCCCACGACCAGGAGCACGGGGGCUUCUUCACGUGUCUCGGCCACGACGGGCAGGUGUAUGAUGACCUCAAGUAUGUCUGGCUUCAGGGGAGGCAGGUGUGGAUGUACUGUUACCUGUACCGCAAAUUCCAGCGCUUCCACCACUCUGGGCUUCUGGAUGCAGCAAAAGCAGGUGGUGAAUUUUUGCUGCGUUAUGCCCGGGUGGCACCUCCUGGCAAAAAGUGUGCCUUUGUGCUAACUCGGGAUGGCCGCCCAGUCAAGGUGCAGCGGACCAUCUUCAGCGAGUGCUUCUACACCAUGGCCAUGAAUGAGCUGUGGAGGGUGACAGGAGAAGGGCAUUACCAGAGGGAAGCAGUGGAGAUGAUGGAUCAGAUUGUCCGCUGGGUGCGUGAGGACCAGUCAGGAUUGGGCCAGCCCCGGUUGGCAGGGGCCCCAGCCGUAGAGCCCAUGGCCGUUCCCAUGAUGCUGCUCAACCUGGUGGAACAGCUCUCCGAGGCGGAUAUGGAGCUGGCAGCCCAAUAUGCGGAGCUGGGGAACUGGUGCACCCAGAGGCUGCUGCAGCAUGUGCAGAGGGAUGGCCAAGCUAUACUGGAGAAUGUGUCAGAAGAUGGCAAGGAACUUUCCGGUUGCCUGGGGAGACACCAGAACCCAGGUCACGCACUGGAAGCAGGCUGGUUCCUACUCCGUCACUCCAUUCAGAAAGGUGACCUCGAACUUCGAGCCCACAUUAUCGACAAGUUCCUAUUGUUGCCCUUCCACUCUGGAUGGGACCCUGAACAUGGAGGCCUCUUCUACUUCCAGGAUGUGGAUGACUUCUGCCCUACCCAGUUAGAGUGGGCCAUGAAGCUCUGGUGGCCACACAGUGAAGCCAUGAUUGCCUUCCUCAUGGGCUACAGUGACAGUGGAGACCCUGCAUUGCUGCACCUUUUCUACCAGGUGGCUGAAUAUACUUUCCGCCAGUUUCGCGAUCCUGAGUACGGAGAAUGGUUUGGUUACCUGAACCGGGAGGGAAAGGUUGCCCUCACCAUCAAGGGAGGUCCUUUCAAAGGCUGUUUCCACGUGCCGCGGUGCCUAGCGAUGUGCGAGGAGAUGCUGGGCGUCCUGCUAAGCCGCCCCGCCCUGGAGCCUGUCCCCGACGCCCGUUCCCUGCCCGCUGUCCCCGCCCGCCAAGGCAUGGAAUAAAGCUGAGUCUGCUCCA